ACAGUAAAUAGAAGCAUGGAGGCUCCUCUCGGGAUCUAGCGUCGAACAGCGGGGGGUAAAGACAGCGCCGCCCGGGCUCCUGCCGGAACCAAAACACGGGAGGAGCAGCAGGACACAACAAACGCCUUGUCAUUAAUAUUCGAGCCGUCUCUCGUGCACAGCGAGCACUGUGGCCGGGGACUGGAGCAUGAAGCGGACGGCCGUGGUGGUGGCCAGGCACAAUGGCCUCGUCUCUCCUUUGGGGAACAACAAUUCCGGGGCUUCCAGCAUCGUCCCCCCGCCUCCGAGCAGAGCCACGGGCGGCUCGGGCUCCGCGGAGCCGCCGGCGGGCGGGACGGACGGCCUGCUGGAUUUCUCCAGAGGCCCGGUCGUCAAGAGCGAGCUGGUGUGCAGAUGGACCGAGCGAAGUUGUUCGAAGCCGAGGCUCGGGCGGACGGCGGCGUCCGUGUGCGAGCAAACUUUCAGCUCCAUGCCCGAGCUCGUGGACCACGUCACCAGCGAGCACGUCGCGGCGGGGCUCGAGAGCCUCAGUCACGUCUGCAUGUGGGACGAGUGUCUGCGCGGCGGGAAGGCGUUCAAAGCCAAAUACAAACUCAUCAACCACAUCCGCGUGCACACCGGGGAGAAGCCGUUCUCGUGCGCGUUUCCCAACUGCGGCAAGAUGUUCGCACGCUCCGAGAACCUGAAGAUCCACACGCGCACGCACACGGGCGAGAAGCCGUUCCAGUGUGAGUUUUGUGAGCGCCGCUUCGCCAACAGCAGCGACCGGAAGAAGCACUCGCAGGUUCACACGGCCUCCAAGCCUUACGACUGCAAGGCUCUGGGCUGCACCAAGUCUUACACACACCCCAGCUCCCUGAGGAAACACAUGAAGAUCCACAUCAAGUCGUCGCCUACCUCUGACCCCCAGGACCUGUACAGCUUCAGCCGUCACCAACUCCAGCAACCCGUUCUCGAACCCCUUGACCUUAAAAUGAACCACUUCUCUUCAUCGCUCGUCAGCAAAAACGUUCAUUUUCCUCUCCUGUCUCCUCAUGAACUGAGCAUCAGCUCUGCCAGCGAAGUGGGCAGUAAGGUGUUGCUGAGGAGUUCGUCUCCGAUGGCGAUGCCUCUUGAUCUCUCUCUGUCGGGCCUGAAGAAUCAACUAACUCAGAAGCAGCAGGGUGGCAGAACCCCGCGGAGGAGCCAGCGCUCGGUCAACCCAGCCUUAACUCAGCUGUCUAACAUUAAGGAGUGGUACGUGUGCACCAGGACUACAGCGCCACAUUUCCCACUCCUUCAUCCAGACCACAUCAAAUCGGAACGCAGCGACGACGAAGAAUAUGUUACGUAAGACAAUGGCGGUGACUUUGGACUUAAAAACCCAUUUCAUUUAUUCAGAAC